UCAUUUUGCGGGUUGGGGCAUGAAUCCAUUUUUCUCCGUCCAUGAAAAUUCCAGUGAGCCACUACCAAAUUCUCUAGCUCCUUCUAUUUCAACUUCUCUUGAUGUGAGGAGAGAGAGAGAAAACAGUGCUGGAGAAUCUGCCUUGAGUUUGUAUAACAUGCUUCCUUGCCUUUUGAUUGAAUUUUUUAUUCUGGGUAUUCCUUUGUAUUGGUAAAUUCUAUCUAAAAAUGCAAGCUUUAAGCAUUUGGUCGUCAAAAGGUGGCUCUUUUAUGGUGCCCCAAUCGGAUUUCAAACUGGGGUCUUCUGGUUUUGCAUUCACUGGACCUAGAAGGGGAAAGGAACGUGAUUCUUUUGGCCCUGUUUGUAAGGUUAGAGGUUGUCGUUUCUUAUUUGUUUCAGGUUUUUUGGGGUGUAGUUCCAGUGGGGCUUAUUAUAGGAUCCCAAAAUCUCUUUUGAGAAGUGGGAUUGAGGAUUUGAAUAAAGGUUCUUCCGGCAGUCUGGUUAAGUUAGCUUGUUCAGUAGAUGAAUUUCUUAGUGUAGAAGAGUCUAGUUCAGUAAAAGAUUUAUCAGGGAAGAUAGGGAUUGAGAAUGUGAAUGGUCAUACUUUAGAUACAGUGAAAGAAAAUAAGGAUUGUGACAAUGAAGAUGAUAAUCGAAGGGUAGAUGUUAAUGGUGGGGGAGCAAUUGGAGAGGAAAGUGCAAGGAUUGAUGUUCGUGCCCUUGCAUAUGGUUUACAGUUUGCUAAAACAGUAGAUGAUGUACAAGAGGUUCUCAAUGACAAGGGUGCUCUGCCCCUACAAGUGUACUCAAGCAUUAUUAGGGGUUUUGGAAGGGAUAACUGUAUGAAUGCUGCAAUAGUGCUGGUUGAGUGGCUGAAGAGAAAGAAAAAGGAAAGUGGUGGUGUUAUUGGCCCUAACCUUUUUAUAUAUAAUAGUUUACUAGGUGCAGUGAAACACUCUCAGCAAUUUGGAGAAAUGGAGAAAAUCUUGAAUGAUAUGGCUGUGGAGGGGGUUGUCCCUGAUGUUGUAACAUAUAAUACUUUGAUGGCAAUUUAUGUAGAGCAAGGAGAAGCUACCAAGGCCCUUAAUGUUCUUAAGGAAAUCAAAGAGAAGGGUUUUAUUCCAACCCCAGUAUCCUAUUCUACUGCUUUGUUGGCAUAUCGUAGAAUGGAAGAUGGCAAUGGUGCUCUUAAGUUCUUUGUUGAGUUCAGACAAGAGUAUACAAAUGGAGAAAUAGUAAAAGAUGCUGAUGAGAUCUGGGAAAAAGAGUUUGUUAAGAUUCAGAACUUCACAGUUCGCAUAUGUCAACAAGUUAUGCGGCAAUGGCUUGUGAGGCAUGAAAACUUGAGCACCAAUGUGUUAAAACUUUUGACAGAUAUGGAUACUGCUGGGCUUGAACUUAGUAGGGAAGACUACGAGCGCCUUGUGUGGGCUUGUACCCGUGAAGAGCAUUAUGUUGUUGCAAAGGAACUGUAUAGUAGGGUUAGAGAAAGGCAUUCUGAAGUACGCUUAUCUGUGUGCAACCAUUUGAUUUGGCUAAUGGGGAAGGCUAAGAAGUGGUGGGCAGCUCUGGAGAUAUAUGAGGAUUUGCUGGACAAGGGACCAAAGCCUAACAACAUGUCAUAUGAAUUGAUUGUCUCUCACUUUAACAUAUUGCUUGCUGCAGCUAGAAAAAGAGGGAUUUGGAGAUGGGGGGUUAGGUUGCUCAGUAAGAUGGAAGAGAAGGGUCUUAAACCUGGAAGUAACGAGUGGAAUGCCGUCCUCAUUGCCUGUUCCAAGGCUUCGGAAACUACUGCUGCUAUCCAGAUAUUCAGGAGAAUGGUGGAGCAAGGUGAAAGGCCCACAAUCAUCUCCUAUGUAGCACUACUCAGUGCCCUUGAAAAGGGUAAACUCUAUGAUGAGGCCCUCAGAGUGUGGGAUCAUAUGAUCAAGGUGGGUCUUGAGCCAAAUGUGUAUGCCUACACAAUUAUGGCUUCAGUUUUCACUGGAAAAGGAAAUUUUAAAAUGGUUGAUGCAGUCUUCAAAGAUAUGGCAGCAUCUGGUAUCGAGCCAACAGUUGUCACAUACAAUGCAAUCAUCAGUGGCUGUGCACGGAAUGGCAUGAGCAGUGCAGCAUAUGAAUGGUUUCACCGCAUGAAGGUUCAGAAAAUCUCUCCUAAUGAGAUCACUUACGAGAUGCUAAUAGAGGCUCUUGCAAAGGAUGGUAAACCAAGGCUUGCAUAUGACUUGUAUUUGAGAGCUCGCAAUGAGACCCUUGGCCUCUCUCCAAAGGCCUAUGACUCUGUUGUUCAAUCAUCUCAAGUUUUUGGAGCAACUAUUGAUUUAAGUGUUUUAGGACCUCGACCAGCAGACAAGAAGAAAUUGCAAAUUACAAAGACUUUGACUGAACCAUCAAAGUGAAUCUAGUUUUUUGCUUUAAUGGAUGUAAGACAGAGAUAAAUAAUGCCUUUAUGAUAAGCAUUGGUUGAGUUAGGUUGAGAUUCAUAUUUUUGUGGUGAUAAAUAUUCAGUUUUAAAUGAUUUUAAUCUAUUGGUAUUGGAGUUAGGUGUAAAGUUAGUGGGGGUUGACAUCAUAUCUCAUUUUUAAUAUAUCAGAGGAUGAAACCAACGUUUGGAAGUUCAACUGUUUAACCACUUGAGUCUAGAAGUGGUUGUAAGCGUACGUGGCAUGUUUAGAUAAUGAAUUUCUACCCUUUUU